UAUUUCAAAGAAGUUGAUGACUUUGAAAACACAUUCGAGAUGAGGUGUCAAUAUUACAAGUUUAAUAUAAAUGGAUUGUUUACUUUGUGAUAACGAUAGGAAUAUCAUUACACUGAUAAAAGCAGUACCAAAAGUAUCAUGUAUGCAGAAAAGCACUUGGUGGAUAGUUUGCGCCAAAAAUGCAGAGAUCACAUGCAGUGAUACGCUGCAAUAUAAGUAUAAUAUACUAAUAUUUCACAGUCAAUGAGAAUAUAUCUGCUGGCAGUACUCAUCAACUACAUACUAAUACUUCACAGUCUGAGAGACGAACUGCUGGAAAUGUGAUAUACGUUUAACAGCUUCAGUUUGAUUCAUAGUGUCUAAAAAACUGUUCAGAAUGUGAAAUAGGCAAAUCAUAUGUCAGUGGUAGUGCGAUAAAAUGACUUGGAUAUACCGGGUAUGGAUGUACUGAUUGACAGGCAAAGAAUAAGAUCAUCAUGCUGAAGGUGCUGAAGGAGCUGCGCGGUAAGCGGGCUUUCCACCCAAUAUCGGAGGAGGGAGAACGGGAGACGGAACAGCGAAAGGAGGAAGAACAGACAAAGCCAAAGUCUGCUGAACCAAGCGAUGAGGAAUGCUCGGAGAUCGAAUACAUCCCUCCCUCUAAACAGCAUCAACAAAAGACCAAGUUCAUCAUCCUCCAUUACUCGCCGUUCAAGGCUGUCUGGGAUUGGAUUAUCCUCUUCCUCGUCCUCUACACCGCCGUCCUCACGCCCUAUGUCGUCUGCUUCCUCCUCAAUCAGGACGAGACCCGGAUGAAGUUGAACCGUGAUGCAGCCAGUCGUCUACAGAACGCGGAGACGAGCAAAGCUGACCCGCUCGUGCUGAUUGACCUUAUCGUUGACCUUAUGUUUAUAGCCGAUAUUUUGAUUAACUUCCGGACGACGUACCUUCACGAUGGGGAGGUUGUUGUAGACCCGCAGAAAAUCGCCAAGAAUUACGUGAAGGGAUGGUUCGUCAUAGACACCAUAGCCGCCAUCCCGUUUGAUCUGUUGCUAUUUGGUUCAGGAAACUCUGACACAAUGACAAUAACGGGAGUCCUCAAACUCGCCCGUCUACUCCGGUUACUACGAGUUUUACGUCGGAUAGAACAGUUUGCGGAGUACGGUGCGGCCGUCCUCAUGUUACUGAUGGUUACGUUCUCCCUGAUCGCCCAUUGGCUGGCCUGUGUGUUCUACGCCAUAGCUUACGUAGAACGACCCCACCUGAAGGCCCGGAUUAGCUGGCUUGACCAUCUGGCCACUCAGUGUAAUAAACCUUACCUCCCGAACGACACAAUGAGUGGACCUAGCAUCCGGUCAAAGUAUAUUACGUCAUUGUAUUUCACCUUCACGAGCUUGACCAGUAUAGGAUUCGGAAAUGUGGCGCCAAAUACGAACGCUGAGAAACUGUUUUCUAUAUUCGCCAUGUUACUGGGAUCUUUAUUGAGUGCCGCCAUAUUUGGAAACGUCUCUUCCAUCAUGUUACGAUUGUACCAGGGGUCGGACGAAUAUCAAGAAAAAGUCGAAAGCAUCAAGGAAUUUAUCAACUUUCACCAGCUCCCGAAAAACAUGGCGGGUCGUCUCCAGGAGUCCUUCCAGCACACGUGGGCGUAUACCAACGGUAUUGACAUGAGUAACGUGUUGAAGAACUUCCCCGAUUGUCUACAGUCUGAUAUAUGUCUGCACCUCAACAGAAAUCUCCUCAACAACUGUCCGGCGUUCAAGGGAGCUAAUCCAGGCUGUUUACGUGCCUUAUCAAUGAAGUUUAAAACUACGCAUGCGCCGCCUGGAGACACUCUAAUACAUCCGGGAGAUAUUUUGACCGCCAUUUAUUUUAUAGCACGUGGUUCCAUAGAGAUUUUAAAGGAAAAUACUGUCAUGGCCAUAUUAGGAAAGGAUGACAUAUUUGGAGCGGAUAUGAAGGACACCGCCACUCCAGGGAAAUCCCUGUACUUCGUCAGAGCUCUGUCCUACUGCGAUAUAAACAAGAUCGAGAUGGAAGAUCUAAAGGUGGUUCUACAGACUUACACGGAUUUCACAAAUGAGUUUAUGGAUAAGUUCCAGGUGACCUUCGACGUCAAAAAGGGAACAUUACUCCAACGGAAGAGUAGACCAAAGAUGGAGGAUGAAACACUGAGAUUCAUACGCCAAAAGAGACCACGGCUACAGUGUAAACGGCGCCGUAUGGACGGGCAUGGGCGGUCCAGUUUCCGGAGGAGACACGUUGAUAGGAAAAUUGGAACGCUGGCUGAGAAUUCCGGAAGUGACGACGAAAGGCCUGGGAUUGUAGAAAUGUCGGCAGAAGGUGCAAUCGAUGACGAAGCUGAUCCAACUACACACGAUGUCACCAGGAAAAACUCAAUGGGUUCAAUUGCAGUGAUGACGAAUUUCUUCAAUGCCGUAGCAUCAAAAGCAAGAAAGGACAAGAUGUCAAAACGAUCCAUACUGCAACGACCGCAUGGUUACGCUCCUAAAUAUGACGUCACAUCGAAUGGGCUUGCGUCACAGCACCAAGGCUUAUCUCCAAUCGAAUCAAGUGUGACGUCAUACACUCCAAAGUCGCUGUCUAGUUCUGGACCCCAGUGGAGGUUUUCCAACAUCGAGUUUGAGAUCCAACAGCAUCCGGACAAAGGAAACUUACAGAGUCUGAACGACAUUGACAACCGGCUCGAGGGCCUUCACGAACGAAUGAACAAUUUUGAAAACGAACUAUUUAAUACAGUUGACGCCAUAUUAGAUAUACUUGGACACAAGCCAAGUUGCACACGUGACACAGUUGACCAAUCAACGUCCAGUUCGACACAGAUAAAAACUAUAGACCGCCCACCACGUCCCAAAGGGGCAAGAUUAAUCAAGAACGCCACGGAAUUACAGCGGGUGAUAGAGAAUAUGUGACGUCACAACAUCCGGAAUUACAGAGGGUGGUUGAGAAUAUGUGACGUCACAACAUCCGGAAUUACAGAGGGUUUUAGAGGAAAUGUGACGUCACAACAUCCGGAAUUACAGAGAGUGAUAGAUAAUAUGUGAUAGAAUAAUAAAUAAUAUGACGUCACAACAUUUGGAUUAUGGAGGGCGAUAGAAAGUUUUUGACGUCACAACAUCGGGAAUUUUGUCUAGAAAUAUUAAUAUUUCUGGAUUAUGUUCAUAGCACAAUGAAUGCCAGUCUGUUAUCUUAUCUCAAUCACUACCAGGUAUAAAUAUAUUGUUUUCCGUGCUUUAGGAAACGAUAUUCACAAAGAACGAUUUUAUCACCAAUGAUAUUUUAGAAAACCUAAUGGGGAUAUAUGAGGAACGGUUUGAUCGCAAUGGAAUCAAGAAUUGCUUAUUAGAUUCAUCUUUGUAAGGCGUAAAUAAAUACGUAAAUGAACGGAAAUAAGAUAGCUUGUUUGGUUAUGUAAAAAAAAAACCGUAAGAAUACAUUUGUAUAUUGCAUUGUUUAUGUACAUGUAUCUUACUUGAUUCGACAAAGAUGAGAAACCAGAAGCAGAUAUUGUUUUUAAUGUUUAUUAAAGACAGUUUAAUGUUUAACUAUGGAUUGAAAUAUCAUACUGUAUAUAAUACACAUGAAAUGAUAUUUAUGAAAUGUAUAUAAUGAUAUAUAACUCCUUAUGGUGUAUGUUUAUUGUUAUGUGUUAAUAAGCCAAUGAAGUGUUUACGUCCAUAAGACCCCAAGUCACGUGGUACAUCCAAUACGGUACAAAGCAAUAAUAGAUGUAGAGGUGUUUGUCAACUAUUUUAUCUAGCGAGUCAAUACUUAAGGUGUUUAAGUAGUAUUUCGUUCAUAUAUAGUCAGAUAUACGAUGAACGUGAAUGCGUUAUGCUAAGGUUUUUGUUCACGAAUUCCUUUUUUGAUUUCUCAGUUUGCUGUUUUAGAAAUCAUUAUUUCGCAAAUUUUCGCAAUUCUAAUGCAAUGUACUUCGAUCAAAAUCCAAUGCAUCUCUAUUCUGAUUUUUACAAUAAUAAGAGAUAGGAUGCUCUUUGAAAACAAAUUAAUUUAAAAAUUAUGUUUUUUCCAAAAUUUGAAUAUUUUCCUAUUUCAUGGAGAGCGAAAAAAACGUCAUUUCCAGCUGUAUUACCAUCUGUUCGAAGCAUUUUUUUUCACAGAAUAGAUUAUGUUAUUGGUUUAGGGGAGAAAAAACUCUUUGAAGGUUUCGAAAAAAAAGUCUCGCUCUGUCUUAUUAAUAGUAGAUGUGAUGUCAUCAUUUUUCGUUGUUAUACAAUUCAUGCCUAGUUUAAUAUCACAUUCCCUCAUCAUGAAAUGUUGAAAUUGUGAUUGAUGACGUAACGAGUACGAAACAAGUAAGAUGGGAUCAAUCGCCAUUAGUAUGUAAUGACGAAAUGUUGAUGAUCAAUUAUGUUUACGUCAUCAGUAUAUGUGUAGUUUUUGUCUGUGAUAUACAUAGCAAGGUGACUCCUGGCCUAAAUCAUGUCGAUGACGUAAUAUUUAUAGUGACGUCAUUCCAUGUUACGUCGUAAACAACAUCAUAUUUUCAUCGUUAAUUGUUGUCUUUAAUCGAUACUAUAUAUAAUCAACAUAUUCCUUUACUGUUGAUGUUAAGUUUUAUUAAUUUUAUUUUGAUAUUAAUUUAUGUUAAUUCUUUAUCAUAUCGUAAUUGGAAUGAACAAAAACAACUGAAAUAUCAAAGGGACCUCGAUUUGAAGUAUGUACUAAAAACGUAGGUAUUUCGAUAUUUAAUGUAUAACAUUAUGUUAGCGCUUUCCGCGCUGAAAUCUUUGGACUUAAUUAUCAUUGCGCUGAUAUAAAUUUCUGUAUGUUGAGUUCUGCUGUAGGCACAAUGUAAAUAUCGUUCAUUCAUGGUGUCGACCACGUGGAAGAAGAUCCUUGUAUCUUAAAAUAACAUCCACCUUAAAUAAAGUCAAUUGUAUUGAAGCCUCGUCGCCGGUACCCACUGUUACAUAUCAUUGUGGCCGUGUCACCUUGUCACCGGUACCCACUGUUACAGAUCAUUGUGGCCGUGUCACCUUGUCACCGGUACCCACUGUUACAGAUCAUUGUGGCCGUGUCACCUUGUCACCGGUACCCACUGUUACAGAUCAUUGUGGCCGUGUCACCUUGUCACCGGUACCCACUGUUACAGAUCAUUGUGGCCGUGUCACCUUGUCACCGGUACCCACUGUUACAUACCAUUGUGGCCGUGUCACCUUGUCACCGGUACUCACUGUUUCAGAUCAUUGUGGCCGUGUCACCUUGGCCACGAUGACGUCCAGCUUUACAAUACAUGUACAUUAUUUGCCUUACAGUUUUUUUUUGUUUUUUUUUUUUUCUGUAGAAAUUUUCAAUUUUAAGACUUAGUUUACAUACAUGUAUGAUGUAAAUGUUACUCAUUUUAGGAACACUCUACACAUACAAAGGUUUACAGAGAUCAUUAUUUAGCCAAAAAUAUUAUUUUGAACAUUACCUUUACAUGUUUUGAAUUUCUAUUGAACUAACAUUCCAAAUUAGAUAUCAACUUCCAUUCCGUAAGAUAUGACGUCAGACUUUUCUUAUCUGUAAUGACUGCACAACCAAAUCGUGCUACAUUAUACACUGGACCAUUACUUACAUGAUACCAGAAAAAGGAAAUGACGAAUGCGGUCACGUGAUCGAUAAUAAUAUUUGAAUGGGGAAACAAUGUAAUACAGAUAACGCUUCAGAAGCAAAACUAAUGAAAUCCAGUGAUGUCAGACAUACGAAGAAAGCGUGUAGACUAAAGGCUGUUCAUUAACAUUAACACAUAAAAAUCUUCUUUAAUUUUCUUUUGUUUUUGAGUUAAUACUAAUUACCAUAGUGAAGUAUGAAAUGAUUAUGUCUUUAUCUGCUUGUGUGUCAUCGUUUUAAUUAAAGAUUAUGUAGAUGAGGUUAAGUUUGUAUCCAAAGUCAAGUAACUGUGAUCAAAUCAUGUGUGUAUGUACCUUAUAUAUACAUAUUACAAUGUAAACAUUACGUUAUUGUAUUAGAUUAUGUGUGAGAUCUGAGUGACAAUCACGCUUGUUUUAAAACAGUAUUUUCAAACAUCGAUCAAACAUUUACAUGAUCUACUGUUAAGCUAAAUUACCUUACGUGAAUGGUAAAUGAAAUAUCGUGUUUGAUAUUCGCUGAAAUGACAAUUAAUUACUGAUUAUGUUCAUCGAAUGGUAUUGAAGUUAAUACCUCCUAUAUAGUUUCUAUGGAGAUAUAACUAUGACGUCACGGUUUGAUAAUUAGUAUGCGUGUUAUGACCUUUUAACAUUACAGAAGGGACCAAAGAAACGAAAAUAAAUGGUAUAAUUAUGUGAAUAAGCGACUGGCAGGCGGUGAUUUUAAAAUAUAUAUCAUGUUUUUUGUAAAUAUCCAUAUUAUCCACAUUUUUACCACCGUCCAAUAUCAUUCCAGUAUGUAGAUAUAGGUUUUGUUAUACAUAUUGAUUUUGAACUUAACAUAAAGUUUUGUAUGUUUGUUUGUGUUAACUGUACAUAAGAAGAAAUGUAAACCAAUGUUUAUGAAAUAUGAUAGCUGUGUAUAAUUAUAUAUACAUUUUGUAGAAGAAUAUAAAGUCAUUUGUCAUCUUACAUAAAUGUGGUGGUCGAUACAUGGAAUACACAAACGAGCGGUAAAUAGAAGUUGACAUUUCGAUGUAAUAGCUUUCAGAGUAUCCAGCUUAUAUAUCGUGUGUAUGUGUACGUAGUUGUAUUGAGUGAAGUGAUACUGUAAUGAUCGUUAUUUUCCGUAAAACAUCGGAUAUUUCCGCAAUAUGUCGGCAAUUUCCGACAAAAUGGCGGUGACAUAAUUAAGGUAAUAGGAUUGAGACGCCAUGGCUACUGCUGUUCGUUGAUUAUAUUCAUUGUGACGCCAUAAAUACAACUGAAGCUGAAUUAGUAAAACAUCGAAUAGUUGGCAACAACAGGGAAACAAUUAAAAUAUGUAAAGAAAUCAACAAAA